CGUAUCUUGGGCGUGCCGGUUAUCCAGAGUUUGGUGCCAAAAGUAAGGUUACUUACUCAAUUGCAACUAGAGCUAGGUUUCCGGUACCAUGUGGCUUGGUGAGGAAUUGCCGCAGUCUUUAUCUGAUCUGUUCCCUGCAUGGCUUUGAAUGGCCAAAUGCAACUUGAGCCUGUCACCGAUUAAUCUAGUUCAUCUUUCUUCAUCAGCUCCGCGAGCGUAUACAGAAACAAGACUGAUGAACUAGAACUCAAGUAGCAGUCGCGAUGUUUCUAUCACUCAUCGUCUCAUCGCUGGCCAUCCUCUUUGCCGGACCAACGGUUAGUGCAAAGGAUGUGCAUUUCGACUGGAACAUCACAUGGACGACUGCAAACCCCGAUGGAUUACAAGCGCGUCCUGUAAUCGGCAUCAACAACCAAUGGCCUCUCCCAGUCAUCAACAUCACAAAAGGUGACAGAAUCGUCGCAAAAGUGACGAAUCAAUUGGGGAACCAGUCAACUACCAUUCAUUGGCAUGGAAUGUACCAAAAUGGAACAAAUUUCAUGGAUGGACCUGCUAUGGUGACACAAUGCAACAUCCCCACUGGCGCUUCCAUCACAUACAACUUCACGGUGAGUCUGAUCCAUAAGCUGUGAAAGGAGCAAGUCUGAUUCUUGACAGGCCGACCAAGUUGGAACUUAUUGGUAUCACUCUCACACAAGAGCUCAGUACCCAGAUGGUCUACGCCAAGCACUCAUCAUUCAAGAUCCCAAGAAUCCAUAUGCGGGUGAAUACGACGAAGAGCGCGUCAUCACACUGUCAGAUUGGUAUCACGACGAAAUGCCAGAUCUCAUGAAACAAUUCGUCUCCUACAAGAACCCCACCGGCGCAGAGCCCGUUCCAAAUUCAGCACUCAUGAACGACACACAGAACAUGACUCUUCCCGUCGAGCCUGGAAAAACCUAUCUUCUUCGCUUAGUGAACGUGGGUGCUUUUGCGUCUCAGUACUUCUGGAUUGAAGGGCAUACUAUGAAGAUCGUUGAGGUUGAUGGCGUCUGGACAAAGCCUGCUGAGACGGAUAUGAUUUACAUUGCUAGUGCUCAGCGGUACGCUGUGUUGGUUACGAUGAAGAAUGAGACUGGGGCGAAUUACCCUAUGAUGGCUAGUAUGGAUACGAGUUUGUUCGACUCUAUUCCUGAUGGUCUAAACUGGAAUGUCACAGGCUGGCUUGAGUACGAUUCCGACAAGAAGCUUCCCCCAGCUGCUGUCUUGAAUGAAUUUGAGCCUUAUGAUGACUUCAAGCUUGUUCCCACAGACGGGGAGAAGUUGUUAGAAAAGGCCGAUCACACCAUCACCUUGGAUCUCACGAUGAAUAACCUUGGUGACGGCGCGAACUAUGCCUUCUUCAACGACAUCUCCUACGUUUCACCCAAGGUCCCAACUUUAUAUACCGUCCUAUCCGCAGGCGAAAACGCAACUGACCCAACCGUUUAUGGAACCGACACAAACUCCUUCGUCCUCAAACACGGCGAGAUUGUGGAAAUAGUUCUCAACAACGAUGACUCUGGAAGGCAUCCUUUCCAUCUCCACGGCCAAACAUUCCAAGUCGUGCACCGCAGUGAAGAAAACGCAGGCCACUACAAUGCAUCGUGGACUAACAUUACUUACCCAUCCGUGCCAAUGCGAAGAGAUACAUUCCUCGUGUAUCCACAGGGAAAUUUCGUCAUUCGAUUCCCAGCUACUAAUCCAGGUGUCUGGCUCUUCCACUGCCAUAUCGAAUGGCACAUGGAUACUGGUCUGAUCGCAACGAUGAUUUCGUCACCACUUCAAAUGCAGAAGACUUUGACGAUUCCAGAGGAACAUAAGAAGAUUUGUGCGGAUCAGGGGAUUUCGACUGUUGGUAAUGCAGCUGGCAACACCGAGGACUAUCUGGAUUUGUCCGGGCAGAACAUGAUGGUGCCUCCUCUGCCAUCUGGUUUCACUACGAAAGGUUACGUGGCCAUGGUGUUUAGCUGUGUGGCAGGCGUUCUUGGCCUUGCCUCGAUUACUCUGUAUGGAUCCGCUCCUAUUGCCGCCAAGUAAAGAACAAUGUUCAUGUGUUAUAGAGAAAAUACUCUGAAAUAAUAUUUUUGAGAGCUGUUUAACAAUAUUUCUAUCUGGAAAAUUGCUGCAUGCUGGAGCCGCUUACUCUUGGAAUACCCAAGUGACAUCCUCCCAACCCUCCCUCCUCCUUAACCUAAAUCCAGGAUCCAAUCCUCCCCAAUCCGGCAUUCUCGGCCCAACUUCAACCCCAGGAUCCCUUGACUUUGGCAAACUCAGCCCCUCGGCCUCAAAGCUAAGCGCAACGACACCAACGAAUCCCAGUAUCUCCGUAAACGCAAACUUGCGGCCAGGACAUAGAUGCUUUCCACCUCCGAAUGACAACUGUGAGCCUCUUCUCUUCUUCUCAUCUUGCACCGAUACAUCUAAGAAGCGCUCAGGUUUGAAGGUAUUCGCGUCUGGACCCCAGAUCUCGUCGAUGAAGUGAGUCACCGAUGGCGCCCACUGGAUGUUGAAUCCCUUUUUGAGCAGAUAACUUCGGCCCUGUGCGUCUUGGACCUUGGUGUCUUCCAUGACUCUCCUGUUGCCGAUGGAAUGAAGAUAGUGACGAAGGGAUUCUUGAUAGCAGGCGUGGAGGAAGGGACAGCAUUUCUCUAGCUUUCUAACGUCAAAUGUCGCUGUCUUCCCGUUGGGCCCAUUUGUGAUAAUAGUAAUCUCCUCAAUCUCAGCUCGCACACGAGAUGAGUAAUGUGGGUUUGUCAAGACGUGGACGAAAAGCCAGAAUAAAGUGGGCGCAGUGUUGGUAACUCCAACCCAAGGCAGCAGCGUUUCCAUGUGAGCUAGGUCGUCAUCCGUAAAGCCAGUGCUACGAAGAAACUUAACUCUAUCGCGUAUAAUUUCAGAGACACCGUCUUCAAGCUCGCUUCCAGAUUCAUAGUAGGUCAGAAGCAGGUUGUUGAUCUCUCUUCUCGCAUUGAUCGCCUUUUUGGUAAUGAAGCUUGGGACACCCAGCGCCACAAACAUGGAUUGUUUAUCAAAUGUCCUGUCGACGAUUAAUGACCAAAACAAUAGUAAGGCUCCAAGAAGACUCACCACAUGAGAUGCGCUUUAUCUACCGUCAACGGAUUCUUCGCCCCGAAAAGAGCUGUCGCCGUUGCAUCCGUCAAGAUAUCCCGGAGCCAAAUAAAUACAUCAGGUGCAUCUAGUUCUUCUCCAGGUCGAAUAGGAUUAAGAUAAGUCAUGAGCCUUGUUAAAGCACUGAGAUUCAGUCUGUGCAAUGGUUCGCCCAUGAGGGUAGACUGAAUAAUCGACAGUCCCGUCUUCAAAUAUUCCUUAUCAGAGAUGAGAUCUCCUGCGUUCUGGCUCAGACCCCACAUGGCCUUUGAAAACUCAACAAGAAACGGGUCGAAGGAUAUGUCGUUGUUUUUCAAGGCUGAUUGGAUGAGAUCCGGUGAGUUUAUGAGGUAGACUUUGCCGUUUAGCAUGGGGAGGGUACAGAUGGGCAUUCUGCGUUCUUUACUGUGACCGGUCAGAAUUGUAUGCCGUUGCGUGUUCAUUGGAGGCUGGAGAAUUACAAGAGUCGAACAUAGAAUCCGCCGCCCUCGCUGAACAUCGAGAUGAUGUGUCCUACCAGCGGAACUCGAGGUUUAAACAGCGGUGGCUCGAGGGAUUCGAGGGAGGGCGAUACAUAGCGACUCAACAGAAACAGCAGUCCAGCUAAAGUCACAAUGGCCCAAGUAUUCGGCAGAGAAACAUUAUCCCAAAACAUCAUGGUAAUGGGGCUACAGGUAGA